UCUCACUUUGAUAAGGUGAAUAUCUUUUUAUUUUGUUACUUUGAUUGCAAUUUACUUUUACCUUGUUAAUUGUUGAUCUUUUAAUUGAUUGUUACUCAUUUGUCAGUUUGUAAGUUUUAUCAAUGUGAAUAUCUAUUGGAUUUUUUAUUUGCUUUAAUUGUUUCUUUUUUUUCUGUGACAAUUGUUGAUUGAUAUGAUUUUGAAUUCUGUUCGUUGGAGCUGUUGGAGUUACCAUGUAAUUAAGUUAUACUUGAGUUUAUCUUAUCUUUUAAUCUUAUCAAAAGUAAUUAAUUCUUAAUUUGAUUGCUUCUAUUUAGUUUUUACAUUGUUAUACUAUCACAUAGACACACACAAAUUCAUUUCAGUGAUCAAUUGUUUGUCAUGUACCCUAAUCACCUUUCAAUCACCUUUCAAUCAGUUUUUCAUCUUUUACUUUGGUCAUCAUCAUAUCUAUUAUUUCAAUUCAAUUUUCCAUCAUUGUAAUAUCUUCAUCAUCAUCACCACCAUUAUCAUCGUCAUCAUCAUGGUGUCAUCAUUUUCAGGCUCAUCAAUCUUGACCAUGUUACCAUCAUCAUCAUCAUCAUCAUCAUCAUAACUAUUUAUGAAACUUUAACCAUCAUUGGUUAUCCAUUUUUUUUUGUCCAUCAUCUCUGUCCAUCUUUAAAACAACAAUAUCUUCAUUGGCCUAUUUACUUCAAUUUUCAUAUUGUCUACAUCAUCUUCCACCAUCUUUGAUCAUUGAAUUGAAUUUAUUUUUUCAACCUUCUUAUUAUGGCUCCAUUUAGAUUGGAUAAUCAACUAACCGCCAUUUUAACAGCCAUAAUUUUACCUUUGCUUCCGAUCCAAGUUGUUUCUGUUAACUCAGAAAUAACUAACGAUAAUAUUUACUGCCGAACCGAAAUUGGCUCAUAUUUAGCUUUGGAUAUUUACAAAUUAGAUACUUGUGCUCGUUGUUACAAUUAUAUGCCAGCCUGGGCCUUUAAAAAUAAACUUCAAUAUAUUACUCAUGGGAUUUUAUAUGAUAACCUUGAAAAUCGGACAGUUUUGUCCAAUGAAACGGUUUACCUUGGUUCAACCUUCCUGACACCACCAAUGUAUCAAAAAUGGCAAGAUUGUUGCAGUAAAGCAGUUGAUUGUUGCCUUAAAUAUUUAAGAUAUGACAAGAGAUGGGAAAAUCAAUCUAAAUAUGGUACCAAUAAAUCAGAUUCGUGUCCAGUUACCUGGGAUGGUUGGUCUUGUUGGCCUCAACCCGCUGACCCAGGGACAGUUGUUGAAAUUGAAUGUCCAGAUCAUAUAUAUUGGAAUGAUGUUUGGGCCCCACCUUGUCGAGGGUCAGCAACAAAGGCUUGCAGUCCAUCCGGAAGUUGGUUCAAAUUGGGUGAAGGUGAAUGGAGCAAUUAUACCAAUUGUGCUAGAGAAGACAUUUUUUUAAGACGAAAUCGUUACCUAAUUUUUACUCAUUUAACUUCAGUUGCGUUUAUAAUUCCCGCUCUUUCUAUUUUCUUAUAUUAUCGACAAUUGUCUCAAACCAAUCGAGUUAAAAUUCAUGUCCAUCUAUUGAUUUCCCUGUUGUCAUAUUCAAUUCUUAUGUCAUUACUAAUUCUCAAUAUGAUCAAUGGAUCAACGGAGACAAUUUAUGAUUCAAAUGAAAUUGAUUCGAAAAAUAUAUCAUCAAGUGCACAAAAAUCAUCAAUAAUUUCGAUCUCAUCAUCAUCUAAAAUAAAGACUGGUCAGUUUCGUCUUGGGACAAUUUACUGUCUAUUCCUUUCCGUGUUGGUCAAAUAUUUUAGAUCGACAACUUAUUUUUGGAUGUUCAAUGAGGCCUUUUACCUUCAUCAAUUAAUGGCCCGAGUAUUUGCCACUCCACACAUGAAAAGUUUAAUCAGUUUGGCCUAUGGUGUCCCCCUGUUGACCAAUACCUCUUAUAUUAUUGUCCGAUCCAUUUCUAGUUACUCUUCAGGGUCUCAAGGGUCAAGUCGUGAUUCAUCUGGAAAUGUGAUCAAUAUUCCCGAUAAUCAAUUGUCCGUUCAAGGUGAUAUCUGUUGGCUUCUUCCGUCUCCCAGUGCAUGGCAAGAGUGGAUCAUCAAUGCUCCAAACUUGUCAAUUCUUGUGAUAAACUUCAUCUUCCUCAUCUCGGUUUUACGAGAAAUAUGUGCCAAAGCCGCAGCGACACCCGCUUCGUCCACUUCGACACCUUCGCCCCACCAGAUCCGUCGGAAUCUAUUAAGAGUUCCCACCUCUCCCGAAAAGGCUCCGAUCACCAGGGCCAGUUUUCUAGUUUCCCUGCGAGCGGCAAGUUUACUUUUACCGCUCUAUGGACUUCACUAUCUAUUCAUUGUUUAUCGUCCAGAUACCAGUGUUUGCUGGUUAUCAGAAUCAUAUCAUUAUGCUUCAAUUACACUGGAUGGAUUACAGGGAACAAUUGUCUCAAUACUUUACUGUUUCCUAAAUAACGAAGUUCGAGCUCAUCUGAAAAGAUCAUUUUUCAAGCGACAAGAUCAAACCAUCAAUUUUACGGAAAUCGUAGCCACUCAUUGAGACAUUAAAUUGGAAAAUUGGGAAACCGCAACAAUGGCCCAUUCGCAUCUUGAAAGUUAAUGAUGAUAAUGAUAACCAAUGGGUCAGAAUUUGUCGAUAUCGAUAUUGUAUAAUCCGCAAACUUGAACCUGGAAUUAUAUAAUCAUUAGAACUGUAAAUCGAAUUGUAAAUUGAACAGAGAAUCGAUUACAAAUCAAUCACAUGUUGGCCUUUUGUUUUUGUUUGUUUACAAACAGAAAAUGUAAUCAAAAUGAUGUUCGAUUACAAUUAAAGGUUACAAAAACGUUAAUUUAAUCAACAAAUUGAAAUCAACAAAUUAACAAUGAAAAGCAAAACUGAUUACAAUUAAAUGAAAGGCUUGGA